AUGGGACUAUCGGUCAGAACAAACACUGAGGAAGAAGUAGCGAAGUCUAUGCUGUGGGAGGCGAGGGUGAACAAUGGUCACCUUUCCAGGGAUCUACGGGACCGAAUCGAUCGCUUAUCCCGGGGCAUCCGCAAGGAAAUGGUGGAUCAAACGGACACUGGCUUAACACCACUGGCCAUCGCGUGUAUGCGUGGAAACGUUGAAAUCGCCAAGUAUCUUAUAGGGGUUUGCCAUGCAGACAUGGAACUGUGCAGCGGCGAGUGGUACGAAGGCGUCGUGUCAGAUAGUAAUUCUGUAGAUACCUUUACCCCUCUGGGAUGGGCCAGCAAAUACUCGAAGAUCGAAAUCGUUGAAUGUCUCUUCAAGCUAGGGGCAAAAUUGAAUGCUCCUUCCAAAUGUGGAUCAACGCCGGUGCUGAUCGCCUGUGGUACACUGAAUCUGGAAUUUGUUCGACAUCUGGUGGAGAAAGGUGCGGACGUUCGCAAGCCCAACCACAGCGGUAAAACAUGUCUUAUGGCUUCGAUCGGAUCGGAGAAACUGUGCAGCUAUUUGAUCUGGAAGGGAGUUGAAAUCAACGAACGAGACAGCUCUGGUAAAACUGCUCUACAUUACGCUGUAGAACGUAAAGAAUUUAAUACGGUCGAACUGUUACUGAACCGUGGAGCUGACCCAUUCGCUAAGACGCAUGCAGGUGAUGAUGCUCUGCAGAUAGCUUGUGACAAAGGAUUACAAGAAUAUGUGAAAUAUUUCUUGCAACGGUUCAAUUAUCCGAAAGAAAGAAUGACCGAAAUUGUCGAAUUGAUAGGAGCUAACAAACGAGCCAAUAAACCUGCGGGAUGUUGA